AUGGCUGGGCUGACUAAGUAGGUAUACUUAGACCAGCCGGCUUGUUUACACUUGUCAGUGGUAUGUCUAUCUGACUUUAGCCAAGGCUGUAUUUCCUCAACAUUUGGGGGAGGAUAUUCGCCAGGAUUCAACUCUACAACUAUGUGUUUGUAACCAAAGUUUGCCGUGUGUGUAAAACUAUUUAUAUAUCUAAAAGUGUGUACAUGUCAUUUCUGUGGAACUUAAGUAGCUGACUGGAUUAUUUUCACCUAUUGCUGUACAUUUAACUUAUGUUUAUAUAUAUACACCUACACAGCUAUAGGUUUUGAAGGAACAUUUGAUUGUAAGUGAAAUGGAUGUGGGUCAGAUGUUCUUAAUAUACACUGAACAAGCCCAAUCAAAAAUUUGAUACACAUAACCCAGAAGAUGGAUAGUGAAUUGUCAUGAUUUAAACUUCAUGACGUCACAAUUAAGUGGAUACUGUUUGUAUGGUUCUACGUGUAUCCUAGCACAUUUAACGUAAAAGUAGGUUUACUCAACCCGUUGUACUUUUUGCAUAAUGAUGUGUUUACAUGAAGGAGAAAUGGAUUUUAAAAGAGGCAAUGCUCCGAUAUACCAAAAUAUAUGUGUUUUGGCUUACUCCUAGAUAAGAAAAAGGUCAGGGAUGGUUCACUGUAGUAGAUGUGUGUCAACCAUUACUAGUGGCACGUAAGCCACACACUUUGCCUUUGAAGUAAUUUAGUUGUUAAAGUCAUAGAUUUAUUUAGAAUUGUAGUCACAAUUUUUUUAAAUUGAUUUGGAAGUCUAUCUAGCUGUAAAAGUUGACUACUGGAAGCAUAUUCUGCUUGUGGUAUAAUUCUAGUUACUAUAACCCCACUAAUUGUGGUAUAAUUCUAGUUACUAUAACCCAACUAAUUGUGGUAUAAUUCUAGUUACUAUAACCCCAUUAUUUACUAUAACCCCACUAAUUGUGGUAUAAUUCUAGUUACUAUAACCCAACUAAUUGUGGUAUAAUUCUAGUUACUAUAACCCCACUAAUUACUAUAACCCCACUAAUUGUGGUAUAAUUCUAGUUACUAUAACCCCACUAAUUGUGUUAAGAUCAUUGUCUCUCAGUGUGUAGUGGAUAAACAGUUUGGAACAAUAGAUCAAGAUGAUAAUGAACUAGAAAUUAGAUACUGUGUUGUAACUGAUUUUGGAAAUAUUCUGUCCAUGAUUCAUGGGUAUGCUAGUUGACAAGUACACCUUCAUAUGUGACAGAAGAUGACAUUCACUUUUGGACACUUCACAUCGUUAUGGAUUACUAUAUAUAACGCCUGAACCGAUCAAGUUGUGAUUUAACAUUGUACCCUUUGACCACCAACUGACAUAUAUAUACUGAUAUCAUCUUGAAACUCAUGAUAUCAGAAUCUAAAACUGCUCCAACAGUGCAGAACUCUUCAUUCCAUGAUGUCGUCUAAUGGAAGUUUUCUAAAUUUCAAAUAUCCUAUUGGUCCACAUGAUUCCACCAUGGAAAUAAAUAACCAUUUUUCUCCAGUCAGUCGGAAGACAGAAAUCAAUCCAUCUCCGCUAGCUUCUCCAGUGCUGAGUCGUCGCCCACCACAGUCAAAUUAUUUUGCAGACCAUCAGUUACAGCAACAAAUCGCAUCGCUGAAGCAACAACAAGACCUGCAGCAACAGCUUCUACUGCAACAGUUCCAACAGCAGCAGCAACAGCUAGCACAGGAACAUGAACAGCAGCUUCAGGAGCACAUCAAGGUUAACAUGCAUCUGGUGUUGCUCCAGAAGCAACAAGAAUUCAUUGAACAACAGAAGAAGCUAGAAGAACAGCACAGGCUGGAGAAAGAACUGUUGGAAAAGGAAAGACUGGAACAGAUCAAAAAUAAAAACAAAAAUGAAGAAAGUGCAAUAGCAUCUUCAGAAGUCAAACAAAGACUUCAAGAAUUUGUCUUAACAAAAAAACAGAGAGAAGCUGCUGCAAGGAAUUCUCCUCCACAAUAUCGUCAUUGGGCUGAUCAAAGUUCUCCUCCACAAACAGGAUUGUCUCCCCCUUAUGGCCCUCAUUUAUUAGGAAAAUAUGAAGAUGAUUUUCCAUUACGGAAAACAGCCUCUGAACCAAAUCUUAAAGUGCGCUCUGCUCUGAAGCAGAAAUUGGAAAGCCAACGGAGAAUUACUCACAGCCCGAUUCUCCGAAGGAAGGAAAAACUGGGACAAGCUUAUCUCAAACGUAAAACUCCAUUAUCAAUUGACUGUAGCAGUAACUCUGACUCGGGCCCUAACUCCCCCUCCGGUGCUCCCCACGCAAACAUGCCAAAUGGAAGUCUUGCACCUCUUCAUUCAAAGGAGGAGAACGGAGCCUACCCAUUCUUAUCAAUCUACAGAUCCAUGGGCUACCAUGGUACCAAUGAUCUCUACCCAUCCCCUUCCAUGCCUAACAUAUCACUAGGACGACCUCCAUCAACAUCACAGGGAUCAAACAAUAACAGCUCGUCAGGGCCAUCAGAGUCGGACCUGAGGGCCAUGGAAGCAGCUCGACACCCGAUUCCUCUCUCUGGGCACCACAUGCAUGGAGCUCUUCCUUUCUACCCAUCAUUACCAGCUAUAGAUGGAGAAUUUAAUCCCCAAUCAAAUCCAACAUACAUAUCUGCACACGUAAAAGUAUUAGAGGAAGCACGCAGCCAAAGUCAGGGCAAACUGCAACAGAUGCCUAUGGGGGCUAGCCCCUACACUGCCAUUCCUGGGGCAGCGAUCCCACCUGGUAGUGCCGCCUCCGAGUCUCACCAGGCACAAAUACAUAGGCACAAAAAAUUGGGGCGAACACAGUCCGCACCUUUACCCUUGGGCCAUCCUUACCUACAGCAGCAUAUUCUGCAGCAGCAGCAGCAACAACAACAGCAACAACAACAGCAACAACAGCAGCAGGAGAAGAAGAUGAAAGAGAAGAUGUUUGUAAAGCAACACAUACGCCAAGCGGUUUUACAGCGAGCCAACAGCAAAACUCACAUGGAAAAUGUGGAUGAGGAAACAGAGGCCAAACUACAACAGGAGAUGCGUGAAACGAGGGAACAAAAUGAAUGUAUUGUCAUCAAAGACAACAAAAUGGAUGACUCCUCGAGUAUGGAGAAGACACCAGAUCGAGAAACAUUCCCUGCUCACCACCGAGAGGCUGUUCGACCACGUCACAAGGGACCCUCACACCACCGCCCGCUCGCACGCACACAGUCUAGCCCCCUUGUCACCUUCUCAAUGCCCCCUCAGCAGCCCUCUGAGUCCAGCCCUGUUAGAUACAAUUUUACAACAGGGUUAGCAUAUGACUCUAUCAUGCAAAAGCAUGAAUGCACUUGUGGCAAUAAUGCCAACCAUCCAGAGCAUGCAGGUCGCCUACAAAGCAUCUGGUCUCGUCUCCAGGAGCAGGGUCUCAACACACGCUGCGAGAGAAUCAAAAGUCGUAAGGCUACGGUGGAGGAAUUAAAAAGUUGUCAUACGGAGGCCCACACAUUACUGUAUGGUACCAACCCCCUCAACAGACAGAGGCUUGAUCCCCGGCUGUUUGAAAAUUCCCGGUUUUGUUUGUUACCUUGUGGAGGUGUAGGAGUGGACUCGGACACAGUCUGGAAUGAACUGAACACUUACAUCGCUGCACGCACAGCUGCAGGAUGUGUGACAGAGUUAGCUACAAGAGUUGCCAACAGGGAGUUGAAGAAUGGUUUUGCCAUCGUUCGACCACCUGGUCACCAUGCAGAAUCUCACCAAGCCAUGGGUUUCUGCUACUUCAACUCUAUAGCCAUUGCUGCCAAACAGUUGAGGGAAAAAUGCAAACUAGAAAGGAUUUUAAUUGUUGACUGGGAUGUUCACCAUGGUAACUCAACUCAGCAGAUGUUUUACACUGAUCCAAAUGUGUUGUAUAUUUCAAUGCAUCGUCACGACAAUGGCAACUUUUUUCCGGGCACUGGCUCACCCGGAGAAUGUGGGGAGGGUAAGGGACUAGGAUUCAACGUCAAUAUUGCCUUUGGAGGAGGUCUGAACCCACCGUUAAAAGACGCUGAAUAUCUAGCAGCAUUUAGAACAUUAGUGAUGCCGAUGGCUAAGGAGUUCCAACCAGACAUGGUGUUGGUAUCGUCAGGAUUCGACGCAGCUAUGGGGCAUGCAGCUCCCCUUGGCGGCUAUGAAGUCUCAGCUUCAUGUUUUGGUCACAUGACUCGAGAGUUGAUGGGGUUGGCUGAUGGGAAAAUCGUGUUAGCCUUAGAGGGAGGAUAUGAAUUGACAGCUAUUUGUGACUGCACAGAAAUGUGUGUGAAGGCCCUUCUGGGAGAGGAGCUACCACCAUUGAAAGAGGAGGAGUUACAAAGGUCGCCAUGCCAAUCUGCCCUUGAAACGUUAGAGGAAGUUAUCAAGAUACAAGCUAAACAUUGGGCUUGUGUGGAGCGCCACCUGGCCACGGUUCAGUGCUCCCUGGUUGAAGCACAAAAACAGGAUGUGGAAGAAGCAGACACAGUCACAGCACUUGCAUCAUUGUCAAUGGUUGCAGCAAAGAGAAGUGAUUCAGCAGAACAAGAGUCUGAACCAAUGGAAGAGGAACAAUCAUAACAGUCUGUCAUAUGCUCCUAUAACCCAUUACAUGUGGUCCAAUACCAUUGGUUGAUGUGUUGCCUUGACGACGACCUUCUUGACAAGCUGUCAUGAAGCGGACAUUCACUUGUUACAAUCAGCUGCAGGUCGGCGUUUUGUGGCAUGAUGGUAGAGCUUUAUGGCAGUAGUGGUGAUGCCCCCUGGUGGUGCUUUGUAAUACUAAAUCAGUCAAGAGGCAAUUACUGUCAGUGUUGUAGCCUUAGAAUCUACGUGCUGGAUUUCAUAGAGAAAUCUAGGGAACCCAUAGCAACCCUGUGGAGCUAUCUACCCUGACGUGAUGAUUGUUUUGGAGUUGACUCCCUUCUCCCAGGCUUUUCCAGGCUGUUUGAUAUUGUUAAAGAUUAACUUUAUAAAAGAAUAAGUUGAUCUAUAGCAACAAAGGUGUAUAUUGUACAACAAAGGUGUAUAUUGUACAACAAGUUGAAUAGAAAGCACACAGACGCUUUUUUGUUUGUUUGUGCAAUUAUAUGUUGCACUACAAAAUGUGUUACUUGUUGUACAACGCUGUUAAAAGUUGUACUUGUUAUUUACUGACCGGUGUAUUUGUACAGAGUGACUGACCCGACAGCCUUACUCCUGUGUUCUGGUUGUUGGUUGACCAGCAGGAGAAGGCACACCUGUAUUGUGGGAGAGUUCUGGUGUAAUUUGUGUCUGUGAUAGCAUGUUAUUAAGUAGUUACCAUUCAUCCUUUCAUGUUACAUUGUAUCUGAUUGGUUAUUCAUGUUCAUGUGACAUGAGAAAGUUACUUUGAUUGAUAUAUGGUCAUGGAAUCAUUUGACACCAGCAAUUAUUAUUUGAUUCACAGAUUACUCUGUCACAAUGACGAGAGAGCUUAUUUUGAAUUAUUGUUUUACAUUGCCAUGUGACAGAAUUUGACUUUUCACUGGUGAAUUUCUAAUGCCAUGUGACAUCGGAUUUAAAAGAUAUACUGAAAUAAUGACAGCAGAUAUCCAUGGUGAUUUGUUUAGAUGUUCAUUUCUACAGAUCUUUUUUGAGACUUUGAAUAUUGAAAUGGACUUUAUUAAAUGAUUUAUCAAUGGAUUUGAUUGUUGUGUUGGUUACUAAUGAUUGUAGUUACAAGAGAACAGGAUUAUUGAAGUUAUAACUCCCUGUUGGUAUCUUUACUGUGUACAAAGAUAUAAAAUAUUCAUCUUUAUAUUUUGUGUUAUUUUAUGACUUUUGUUUUCAAAGCUGUAUGUUAAAUUUCUAGAUUUGUCUGUACAGUAUUGAAAUAGUGAUAUAUAGUUCAUAUUUAUUCUAUAGUGUUGAUGUUAGAUUUCAAUUUUUUGAUAAAAACAGUAAACUUCAUUUUGGAUUCAAUUUCGGCAUUAAAUUGUUUUAAUAGAUAUAGACUCAUUAUGAUUAGAACUAUUUGAAAAAUAGAUAAAUGUUUUGAUGUUGUGGUAAAUAGCUUAUAAGAAUUAUGAAUAUUCUUUUAAAUCAUUUCUGUAUAUAUUAUAUUAGAAGACUUCGUCUAUUGGUAGUACAUUAUGUAUACCAUAAGACAAUAUAUUGUUUGUCCGGUUUUUCACAAGUCACAAAUUCACCGAUGCCUUUAUCAUUCUACUCGUGGUGUUUUAAGCUUUGGUCUCAUCAACUCAUGUUUUGAUCCUACAAUGAAAACAAUCUUAAUGAAUUUUUUGACAUUUUUAAUUGUGAAAACAAAAAAAACAUAUAAAUAUUAUAUAUAUAUAUUUGCAAAUUGAAAUAUUGUAAUUUGUUGAUUGUUAAGCGUUGUAUUUUGUCGACUUGUUUGGGUUACUGGUAACAACACUUGAUUGAGUGCUAUAUGUUCUUUGCUGACCACGGUCUCACAUGUAUGAUAACACACCCAAGUGUCACUUUUGUAGAGAUCAAAAGAAAAGGUUUGGUAUGAAAUGAUAUUUCAGGGUGGUAAAGGGUUUUAAAUACCCCAUAUAGUAUGGGUCUUGAGAUUUACAUGUUGAUUUCAAAAUAGAUAUUGGUGAAUUAAGGAAAAAUUCAGAAGAAAUUCUUAACAAUUUCAUUAAAAAAAACAUCUUUGACAUUUUGUAUUUAAUGCAAAUAUUAUGGAAAAAAAGACAUGUUUUAACAACCGUACGUUUGUGUAUUUUGUAGUGUUGGUUGGACAUCAGAGUAACAAAUAUUGGAUCAUUUAAAGGUUUGCUUUCUGUGACACUUUAACUUCAAACAAAAUAUAAAUAAAAAAGUUUCAUUUGAAAAUGUGUGUUAGGUGAAUCAGAGUGAUGUACUUUUAUCCUAUUUGUUUGUUUGGUAAUAAGUUUCCACAUGUUUUGGGAACCUCCAUUAAAUACUUAGAAAAGCUAUUAUGUGAUAAGUACAGUGUGGUACACUAGUAAGUAAAAGUAAGAUAUGUUUUGCCAUUUGUUAUGAAACCACACAUACCUCUUGUCCAGCUUUAAACUCAUUCAGCUGGCAGUUGAAGCAAAACAACGGACACAUAGUUCCUAUAUUCAGCAGUUUUUUAUUGACAACAAAUAAAGAAGCUGAAAAAUAAUCAAAAAUUGGCGGGAACUCAUUUUAAGUAACAAAAGUAUUAAAACAUAGGGAGUAGUUUAAAAUUAGCAUAAAAGCACUUUUGUACCUGUGAUAACAAUGACAAAACUUACAGGUUACAAGUUAACACUCAGGCAAUUCAGAAUUGUUGGUAACAGUAUUUCAAAGGUGAUGAUAUAAUUUGGUAUUCCAGAAAGUGUGUCGCUUUCACACAUGUGUUGAGAACAAUUUCUUAUCUUUGAAAUUUAUUCACCAACUCAAUCUGAAUUGUUCAAUGUAAACAAGCUGGUAAACAAUUUCAGUUCUGAUGGAAAUUUUGUUUUUAAAAUAUCUUCUCCAAACUGUUUAAUAUUUAAUGUGUUAUGUGAUAAUAUCUUUGAUGUUUGUCUUCAUAAAACAUUUUUUAUAGCUUUUGAUUUAAAAGCUCUUAUUGAGAACUAGAAUGUAUUGUAUAAUGAAAUCUUUAUAUAUUUGUAUUAAAUUUCAUACUAUUUUUUAUCUGACUCGGACAUGAUGAGGUGAACUGAGGAAUGAUUUCUAGCUUAACACAACCUCAAAUUUAGCUAAGCUCUUCUGAUUAUGAAAAUAAGCCUCAUUGCCAAUUGCAGAUUUUUAGCCCACCAAAUGGUUUGCUACUGGGAAUCAAAUCACUUUUCACCCAGCCUGACACAUAUGGCUGAAUUAUCAAAUUUAAGUUUUUAUCCAACCAUUAUAAGAUAGUGGGCUAUUCAAAUCACCUGUUUGUGGUCUGUCAUUCCAUUUGUCAUUCUGUCUUUCCUUCCCUUAACAAUUCAUGUUAGUGUUAUUUCUUAGAAAGUACUGGUGGGAUCUUUUUCAAAAUUCACAUGAAGGUUCCGCUUAAAUUGUUCCUUGUUAUGCCUAUCAACUUUAGGGGCUGAUCUAAAAAAAAAAAACAUUCGGUGACAGGUGGUCAUUCUGAUUUUUAGCUCACCAGCCCGAAGGGCAAGUGAGCUUAUGCCAUGGCGCAGUCUCCGUCAUCCGUAUGUCAAGCAUCAACUUUUUACUUUAAACAACUUCUUCUCAGUAACCAAAAGGCCUAGGGUGAUGAUAUUUGGCCAGUAACAUG